AUGCUGACAACGCUCUUGAAGCCAACCCAAGCACAACUUCAGAAACUAUUGAUCAAUGGAGAGUCCGCAGACGAUGUUUUCACUCGCAUGAAGCCGAAUAAGGCUGGUAACUUGUUGUUGCACGACGAAGAGUUCGCUCGGUGGCUCACAUACGCUGACGAUCUGAAGAUCAAGCACCCCGCGAUCAAGACGUCAGCGAUCUUGACGUUGACUGCUCACUAUGGUGACGAUGGUUUGUACAAACUGAUCGAAGCUGGCCUAAAGAACGAAGGAACGGAAACAGUUGCAACGAAAUUGAAAACCGAGCUAAUGAAGCACUGGGUAGCCACUGCCAAAGUCCCGGACAAGGUCUUUCACAUUAUGAAGCUUGACAAGGUAGAGACAGACAUUCUCAGCAACCCCGAAUUCAUCAACUGGGCGCGGUACGUGGACGAUUUCAAUGCGAAGUACCACAAGCAGUCAACGUCGAUGGUGCCGACAGUCCUGAACUACUACAGUGACGACGUUAUCUUCAAAAUGACCGAGGCGGCGAAGAGUGUGGAAGAAACCAAAGCCAUCGCCACCAAGCUGCAGGAAGAACUGGUCCAAGCCUGGUUGAAAAGCAAGAAAACACCAGACGAGGCUCUGGUAGAUUUCGGACUCGGAAAGAAAACCCGCUACUCCAAAAAUCCGGUCGAACCGCUGUUGGAGAGGGCGCUGUUCAACAGUUGGGUCAAGUACUUGGACGAUUACAACGUGCUGUAUCCCGAGAAGAAAACGACUGUAAUCGAGGCACUGACGAGGAGAUUUGGUGAUGCAAAUGUGGCCAAGAUGAUUACGAAGGCAAAGAAGGAGGUUGUUACGCGCAGCCUUGCCACAAAACUGGAGGCUGCACAGCUUGAAAUAUGGUUGAGCAGCGGAAAAUCCGUCGAAGACGUGUUCAACUUACUGAAGCUCGACUAUGCUGGUGUAUUCUUCUCAGAGCAUCAUCUCAUCAACACGUUGGUCUCGUACAUGAAUGUCUUCAUCAAGGAGAACCCUAGCAAGGCCGCUACGGUAUUCUCGACAGUAGAGACGCUCCUUGAGGGCAGACCCCUAGGUCAAAUCCUCAUGUUAGCCGCGUAG